AUGCAAGACGGAGUGCUACUGCUCGCCGGUGCGCGAACAACUCAACAGAAUGUGGAGAAGUGCAAGUUCUGUGGAAAGAAAGAAUCACUCGACGUCUCUCUCACGCGCUGUGGCAGAUGUGUGACGCAAUACUACUGCUCGCGCGAGCACCAGAAGGCCGACUGGCCGAACCACAAGCACUUCUGCCGCGAGCCAGCUGCUUACGUCUAUUCUCCCCAGGUCCAAGCUCCUCCUAGAGGUCUAUCGGUGUACAUCGAAAAACCAUUCCACAGAUUGAAUGAGAAGGCCUGGCUGCACAACCGCUCUGAGCAAGAUGUCUAUAUGCUGCUGAUAGACGCCUACCGUCUUCGCAUGGAUGAUAACUGGACGCGCCACCUCCAGACAGAGAGUGACAACAUCUACGGGGGAGCCCCCAAUUCAUGUGCCAGCUUUCUUCGUUUCCUGCGCCUGGUGGAGAGUCGCGACAAUCUACUUCCUGCAUGGUGGUCGCCCGAAAAAGCUGACGAGUGCAUGGCUUCUAGGAAUGGGUGGAACAUGGUACUCGCUUACGUACGGCCCUGA